AAUAAUGUAUUUUAUAUCUACAAUAUUGAUGAUUACUAUGUAAUUCAUGAAAUUCGCAGACCAGAUACUGUCUUGAUAUCAAGUGCAAAACAUUUCAUUAUAUAUGUGGCAAAACCUGUUAUGAAAUCCUCUUCUGUGCUACUUAUUUUUAAUCAAGUAUCAAUUCACAAUCCAUCAAAUGUCAAAGCAUGGAGACCAUAUUGGGUUUUACAAAAACAAUUAGAUGA